AUAACGAAAAUGGUCGUGACCAGGAAGUGCAACGCCACUCGCUCUCACAGAUGCGCCAUCUUGAGUGCAAGACGAAGAAGACGCUUUUCAGGAGAGGCUGAAUCCAGGCGCAACGUUAGAAGUCCCAGAGUGAAAGAUGUGGGACCAGGGUGGACAGCCCUGGCCACAAUGGCCUCUGAGCCAGCAGCAGUGGAUGCAGUCCUUCCAACAUCAACAAGACCCAAGCCAAGUGGACUGGGCAGCACUGGCACAGGCCUGGAUAGCUCAGAAGGAGUCAAGCGGGCCUGGGUCCGAGCCGCAGCAGCAGCAGCAGCAGCCGCCGCAGCAACCGCCACCGCCGCCGAUGCAGCCCAAUGGCCAGGACAUACCUGGCCUGGAGCCAGCGGCACACAACAAUCAUGGAAGCUUCCAGGGAGAUCCCAACUUUAACAGAAUGUGGCAGCCUGAGUGGGGAAUGCACGGUCAGCAUGCGCCCCCUCCUCCUCCGCCCGACCAGGCCUGGAUUCCCCCAGGGCCCGCGCCCAUGGACAUGGUGACCCCCUCCGAAGACAGCAACAGCCAGGACAGCCUGGAGUUCCCAGGAGACCCCCACCACGGCAUGUUCCCCCAGAAUAGCCACGGCUAUGGUGGCCAACCAGACGGUUAUGCAGUCCAGCCCAUGGGCGUCGCUCAGUUUGACUAUCAGCAUGGAGCAGCAGCAUAUGGCCCCCCUGCAGCCAGCUUCCAUCCCCCCUACUGGCAGCAAGGACCGCCCCAAAACAGACGGGAUCGCCCGCCGGGCUUCAGGGACCGGCCGCGCUCACCGAACCAGAUGGUCGUCAAGCCUGAGGCCCCAACUCUAGGUGGGCAUGCCCUCUCUCUAGAUGCGGUGAAGAGGCGGACGCUGCCGGCAUGGAUCCGCGAGGGCCUGGAGAAGAUGGACCGCGAGAAGCAGAAGAAGCUGGAGAAGGAACGUAUGGAGAAGCAGCGUGCCGAGAUGGAGAACGAUGACCACAGGGACGACGACGAGGAGGCGGCCGAGGAAGAGAGUGGUGUAGCACGAGUCCCACGCAAGAGCAAAUUUGACAGUGAUGAUGAGGAUGGUGAGGAUGAAGACAGGGAAAGGGAUGGCAUACUUAAGAGGAAGUCUGAGUUCGCUAGCAGAAGCCCCUCCCCUUCACAUGAAGACCAGAGCGAGCCGGAAAUGACGGAGGAAGAGCGGGAUUUCCAGCUGAUGGUUCUGACCAAAACGCUGCUGACUGAGGUGCUCCUAGAGGUCACCAGCGAGGAGAUCUACCAGGUGGCCAAAGAGACGCACCGCAAAGCCACCAAAGCUCCUGCCAAACAGCUGGCACAGUCAAGUGCACUGGCUUCUCUGACUGGCCUCGGGGGUCUGGGGGACUACGGCUCGGACGAGAGCUCGGACGAGGAGCGCAGCGGCCAGGGCUCGGAGUCUUCGGACACGGACGAGGAGGAGCUGCGGCACCGCAUCCGGCAGAAGCAGGACGCCUUCCGGCGCAAGGAGCGCGAGCUGCAACUGCUGCAGGAGAGGGAGGCGCUGGAGGGAGGCAAACACGAAGAUGCUGCAGCGGACAGAUCAUUCAGAGAGAUCCCCACUCACGAGGACAAGCAGCCAGACCCCAAGCACAGAGACAGAGACCGAGACAGGGAGGCAGAGAGGGAGCCUAGCGCAGCAUCCGCAGCCAGGUCAAAGGGCAGUGAGGGUGAGGUCAGGGGAAGGUUAGGGUCAGGUAGGGAGCACAGGAGUCGCUCCAGCUCAGACGGCCACUCUUCCAGCAAGCGAUCUUCUUCGUCCUCGUCCUCCUCUUCCUCAUCCUCGUCUUCCUCGGCCACCUCCCGGUCGUCUUCGCCGCGGCGCAAACGCCGACGCAGCCGCUCGUCCUCCCGCAGACGGCGCAGCCGGAGCCGCAGCUCGCGCCGACGCAACUCCCGCUCGGAACGGGAGCGCGGCGGCGACAGGAGGCGGGGCAGCAGCCGAGGUCACUCCCCUUCCUCCGGAGGCCACUCCCACAGGAAGCGCAGCCGGAGCCGGUCCCGCUCACGCUCCCGCCACCGCCGGACCACCAGCGCCAGCAGGGGGCGCAAGAGCAGGUCAAAGGACCGGGUCAGUCGUAGCCGCAGCAGAGACAGGCGCCGUGGCGGCGCCAGCAAGGAGCGCAGCCGGCGUAGCCGUAGCAACAGCCGCGGCGGCCGCAGGAAGCAGAAGGAGGCCAGCAAGGACAGGGAGAGCAAGCGAAGGGAUAGGAGCCACAGCCGCGACAAGAAGAAGAAAGAGAAAGAGUCCGAUAAGAAGAGGGACAAGCAGAAGGCCAAAGACAGGGAGCGAGAGAAGGAGAAGGAGAGAGAGAGGGACAGAGACAAGGAGAGAGGGAAAGAGAAGGAGAGAGAUAGAGACAGGGAGAGAGAGGCAGCCCCCCAGGAGGAGGUCAACGGGAAGUCCAAGCGCAGGAGGGAGAGCGACCCCUCCGACUCUCAUCAGAGCGACAGGCUCUCUAAGGACAGCAAGGCCAGCAGCGGUCACAGGAAGGGCUCAGGCAAAGCUAGCAGGAAAUACUCUGAGUCGGACUCCAGUAGGAGCAGGUCCCGCUCCCCUGAGGUUAGCAAGGAAAAGAAAUCCAAAAAGUCUAAGCGUAGUCGCUCGCACUCCACGGAAAAGUCUCACAAGUCUGGUAAGAAGGCAAGCCGCAAACACAAGUCUAAGUCACGAUCAAGGUCCUCCUCGCCGGCCCGCCGCUGGAGUUGAGGGCUGGCACGGCCCUAAUUUGUGCACUUAUUUUAAAUUCCACGAGUUUAACAGGCUUGUCUCAUUCUCGAGGCAAAGGUGUAGGUGAACUCCUCCCCUCCCAAAACCCCAGCCCCACCCUUCCCGUUCCUUGCCCCCACCCCACCCUCCCCCCAACUCCACCCAUUUCCCCCCCUCCAACCUCUUGCAGUGUAAAUAAAGUGUUGUCAUUUUUUAAGUGCCCCAUGUUUUCAUGAUGUGACAUUUCUAAUUUGCUAGGUUUUUGAUUUGGCUUCACUUAGGUUUGUUGUUGUUUUUGUUUUGUUUUUUGUUGGACCUAUGUUAUCCACAAUUGAAGGAUGAAAUAGAAUACUAAGGUUGUAACAUUUUAAUGAUCACACAACAGGACAAAAGACAGAAAUAAUCACUUAUUGAUGUAAAUUGUUGAAUAAAACAAAUGUUGUUUUCAUGUA